AUGUCUCAGUGGUUGUCACCACCAGGUCAAUACCCGUCGCAACAACCGCCAUAUACAACAUAUCCUGGCCACCCUCCUCCAGUUCCACCCUCUAAUCAAUAUCUUCCUGCUCCAUACCAAAGACCUCCUCCGCCUAUAAUUCCAUUGACAACUGCUGUCGGCGAUGCCUCCUUGGAAUUCAACAACUUUGUGAUGGCUUUGAGAGGCUCUGCUGGACCUGCUGAGGUGGACAAUUUUCUCAUUUAUCUCGACAUGCUCAUGCGCGAUUGUUCACAAAGUAAUAUGCAGCGUAGUGAGCGCCGCCAAGAAUUUUGGAUCAAAGAGUCUGUAUACCCGCAUAUUCUUCCUUUGCUUCGUUCUGCUUAUCAUUUUAAGGAUAAUAAGGAUAUCCAACGGGAUAAAGUCUUAAAGGUAAUAUCUAUAUGGGAAGACAAACGAUACUUUGAUGAAGCGAAAAUCACUUCCCUCAGGGAGGGCAUUCUCACUCCACCGCCAAUCCACACGACCAAUCCACAUGCAUUUCCGUCAGUGCACUAUCCAAACCAACCUGCUGUACCGCCCUAUUAUGGACCGAACCAUCCGCCUCCCGCAAUGUUUCAUGGUCCCCCCCAACCGAUGCCUCAGUCUGUACCACAUAUGCCUACAUCCGUAGCUACUCCGCUGAGAAAUCUUUCGGACCCUGGUCCUCCCGGAAUACCCACACAGUUUCCCCCAAAUCAUUCGCCACCAAUACCAAUACAAGGAAUAAUGCCACGACCGCCUGUUACUGCACCUCUGCCGCCUCCAGCACCUGAAAAAAAAUAUCACGAACUGCCGGCAGGACUUAUGGUCCCACUGACUUCGCCCGAGAAUGCUCCUUAUACUAGUAUUCGCGCAGCAGAUGUGCGCAUUCCACCUCAUCGACCACAACCAACUCCAGAAUUGUUAGAAGCUGUGGAUAAAUUUUACGAAGGUAUUCAACUGAUCGAAAGUACUACCAAAGAUGGUAAAAGUGAUGAUGCCAUACCUGGGACAGAUAAACCAAAGAUCGAACUUGACAAAGACGGUUGGGAAGUCGGUUUUCUCGAUGAUCAUUAUAAAUCUAUUGAAAGCCGAAGGGCCGAGGCGGCAAAAACACGAGAAGAAGCAAGAGCAACAGUCGAAAAAAAUCGUCAUUCCUCAUAUAGACACAACCGCGAUGGUCGCGGUAGACGACGGUCUCGUGAGCGGAGUUUCAGUAGAUCACGAUCGUCACGAUCGAGAUCCUCUUCCGUCUCGCAGUCUCGUUCCAGACGACGUCGGAGACACAGUUAUUCGAACUCUUCUAGAAGCCGAAUUCGAGAGAUCGUUACGGAAGUCGGGGACGGUCACUACAGAGAUCAAAAAGACAUCGCUCGCCGUCAAGGUCGAUAUCAAGAUCUUCUAGGUCACGCUCGAGAAAGUAUUUUUCUCGCUCAAGGUCACGAACAAGAGCAGCGCUAUCGUAGUAGGUCUUACAGUCGGUCUCGAUCACGGUCGCCCGUUAAGCAAGCGAGUGGUCUAGGAUUUUAUGCUCCACCAGAGGAAGGAGCACGAUCUGAUAAGAUGAUAUCUGACAAAAAUGUUGGAUUCCAAAUGCUAAAGAAACUUGGUUGGGGAGGUACUGGCACUGGACUUGGGUCUACUUCUGGUGGAAUAGUGGAACCCAUUAAAGGAGGCGAAGUCAGAUAUGGCGAACAGAAAUAUCUCGGGGUUGGUCUUCAGGGAGACGAUAAUGAUAUCUUUGAUCAAUACCGCAAGCAGAAAAGCUAUACUUAUCAGCGUAACGAGAUUGGUCCCAAAGACAAGAAACCAGCGGGAUGUUUCCGAUGUGGGAAGAGUCUAGGACAUGUAUUCUACUAA